AUGUUUCUUCUUACCGAGGGUCCUCAUCUUUUCUACGUUGAUCCAAACAGUAUGGAAUUAAAAGGCGAAGUUCCAUGGUCUCCAUGUAUGAGAACGGAAGCGAAAAACUUCCGAACAUUCUUUGUUCAUACCCCGAAACGGAUCUAUUAUCUAUUCGACCCAGAAUCGAGAGCUUUGGAGUGGUGUAAAGCGAUAGACCAAGUAAAAGUGCGAUAUGCCGACAAAAUAGCGGAAUCGUAUGCGAGAGCUGUAAAAGACGGCACAUAUGGAAUAAACAAGUUCAAGAAAUCAAGUAAUUAUUUUGGUGACAAGCGGAAAAAGUCGGAAGUGGAUAGCGGGAAACGUGACAGUGAAUCGGCGUCCACACCUCAUUAA